AUGAACGAAGGCGCGACAUGCGACCCGCACGGCCGCAGCGGCCUGAUCUCCAGCUACAUCCAGUUCCAUGCUUACGGACGGAUCCCUGCAAAGAUCCCGCACGAGGAGCUGGCUCUACAGUGGGUGGUUGCAAGCGGUGCCACUAGAGACCUCGCCAUGCAGAACUCAUGGUCGCUGUUCGAGCUGAUGAUCAAGUCGAUGGUGGAGUACCUGUACUGGAGCGGCGCGCACGAGGCGCCGCGCAAGGCGCGCUUCCCCGAGCAGUUCACCGACGACCUCACCACCCUCGUCAACAACGUCACCUCCGAGAUCAUCUCCGGGUACGGCAAGAACAGCCGUCUCACGCAGAGCCUGAACAACAGCCUGGCGUUCUUCCUGUUCGACUUGCUGAGCGUGAUGGACCGCGGCUACGUGUUCAACCUGAUCCGCAGUUACUACAAGCAGAUGAGUGCUAAGAUCGCGUCGCUGCCUGAUGCUGUGCCGCUUGUGCAUUACAAGUUGUCGUUCCUGCGCAUAAUCUGUUCGCACGAGCACUACGUGUCGCUGAACCUGCCGGCGGGCGGCGCGGCGUGCGGCGCAGUGUCGUUGGCGCCCUCCGCGCAGUCCGUGGCCUCCGCCUUCCUCUCUCCGGCGCGGCGCACGGCGCCCUCUCGCACGAGUUCCGCUCGCGACACUACCUCGCCGGACUGCUUCUCACUGAGCUUACCAACGCGCUCGAGUUGCAAGUGGUCGCAGCGCACUGAACAGCGAGACGAGCCGCAACCUGGUGAUGUGUGCAGUGUGGUGGUGCGUUGGAGUUGCGCGCGUCCCUGGCGCAGUUGGUCGCCGAGCUGCCGGCGCCGAGACGAGCCGCCUUACUGGCUCCUGCUGGACCUUGCCUUCCGCUGCCUCGAGUACAAGGGUCGUAAAGAGAUACUGAAGUGCGCACAACAGAACGUGCGCAAAACAACCGACAUCAAAGCAAAGCUGGAGGACGUCAUACUGGGACAGGGGUCCGCCCGCUCCGACUUCAUCAUGAGGCGCAAAGGCGGCGGGUCGUCGUCGGUGGGCGCGUGCAAGCGCGAGCGCUGGCGCAAGGAGUGGGUGCGCGGGCGCGAGGCGGCCACGUCGCCGGCGGCGCCGCUGCCGGACCUGUCGGCCGCGCUGGCCGCCGAGGCCGCGCUCACGCUGCUGCACACGCUCGAGACCAUCGUGCAGUCGUGCAGCAACUUGGAGUGUGGACAGAGUGUAUGCAGCGGCGCGUUGCAGGUGGUGUUGCGCGCUUUACAGCGCAACCAGAGCGUCACUGUGUUGCAACAUAUGUUCGCGACCGUGCGCACACUCAUCCUCAAGCUGGGCUGGUCGUGCUGCGGCGAGGAGUCGGGCACGUGCCGCGUGCUGCUGCGGCACUGCGCGGCGCUGGCGGGCCCCGCGCGCGCGCACGCCGCCGCCGCGCUCUACGCGCUCAUGCGCCACCACUACCAGCUCGGCAACAACUUCAGCCGCGUGAAGAUGCAGGUGACCAUGUCGCUGUCGUCGCUGGUGGGCACGUCCACCACCUUCAGCGAAGAGUCGCUGCGGCGCGCCCUCAAGACCAUCCUGGUGUACGCCGAGCACGACGCCGAGCUGCAGGACACCAGCUUCCCGGAACAGGUCAGUGGGAACACUAUACAAACCACCAGUUACUAAUGUUAUUGUAUGCAU